AUGGCGGUCAAGCGCAUUUUGCGAUACUUUCAAGGGACUAAGUCGCACGGCAUCUGUUUCAAGUCUGAUGACAAGAUAGACUUCUGCGGCUACUCGGAUGCAGACUGGGCCGGCGACCAUGCAGACCGCAAGUCGACUUCGGGAUAUGCGUUCAUCCUGAUGGGUGCUCCGGUGAGCUGGGGAAGCAUAAAGCAGUCAAAAGGCAAGUGGGUGCAUCGAUUGCUGUGCGAGAUUCUGGAUGCCGCAGAGUACAAGUCUGGACCCGAGCUCAAGAUCAUGGAAGAUAACCAAUCGUGCAUCAAGAUGACGAACAAUCCUGUGAACCAUGGUCGGGCCAAGCACAUCGACAUCAAGUACCAUCACAUUCGUGAUGAAGUCAAGCGUGGUGAUGUCACUUUAAAUUACUGUGAGACUACGAUUAUGUUGGCGGACAUCAUGACCAAGGGACUGCCAGGACCGCGUCACAAGGACUUGACGGCAGCGCUCGGCAUACACGCGUGUUUGCAUUAA